UAGUUACCAUUGAACAAACUGUCAAUACAAAUAUAACAACAAUAUAUACGUAAAAAUGUCCCACUUACUCGCUCAAAAAAUUGAUUGCCAAUGCGGCGGGGAUAAUGGCCCAAUCGAUUCGGUUGUGAAGCCGAUUUCUCAGGAAUUGAGGUGUAUGCAAAAGUACAUCAGAAAGGUGAGGCACCAGCAGAUAGUCGAGCUUUUCCAAAGGGAGUCCGAGAUGUACAUGGACGAAUUGAGAUCUCGAAAUCUAUCUCUUUGGCACAAAGAUGGUUUUCUGAACUGCAAAUGAACUCUUGGAUUCCUUGAACAGUUUUCCUUUAAUACUGGAAAUUUUGCUUUAUACAAAAACGUUUUCAAUUUAAGUGUUUCCAAAAUAUUUCUUAUGCGUGCUAAAAAAGCAACAAAACUAAAAAUAUACCAAAAGUGGAUGACGAAGCUGUUAUAAAAAAACUGUUCAUGCAUAUUUAUUAGCUCUGUUUUAAA